AUGCCUGGACUAGGCUUUCUCAAGAAGAAGAGGACGAGAGAGGGUACCUCUGAUCCCUCAUCAUCAAAUCCCACAAGCCCAGUCUCACCUGCAAACUCGAAGCCUUUUGACUCGGCCCGCCAGUCUGUUGGCGCUCCCGCUGCCGCUGCCGCUGCCGCCGUCCCUCAUCAGGCAAGUCCGUCCAGCCACGGCGCCGCUCAGCCUACGAUCCCGAUCUCAGUCUCGACAACCUCGACCUUCCAGCAGCAAGCGCAAACGGCUAGCGAACAAUCCCCCACCCAGCAGCAGCAGCAGCAACCCCAGAUGAAUCCCGCGUACGGAGGGGCAGGGACCCUCCAGCACCAAAAUCUCCCUGCCAUCAGCAACCUAAUGAACACGCAGCAACCCGAGGCCGCCAUCUCCAACAACAACAAUUAUCCCAAUUCCCACUAUCCCGCCAACCUCAUCCCUCAGAACCCCCAUGCCGCCAGUGAGAGCCCUGGCACCGACCCUGACCGUCUUCAACAACAACAGCAGCAAGCUCAUCCCGUCCCCAGCGUCGCAAUGCAUCCGCAGCAGCAGAACCCGCAGCAGCAGCAGCAGCAACACCAGGUGCCUCUUUAUCAACAGGCCCAGCAGCUGCAGCAGCAACACCAAAGCCAUCACCACCAGCAGGCCUCCAUAUCUCAACCUCGCACCACAAAGGGCAAAUACUCCCUAACCGACUUUGAUAUCCUCAGAACCCUCGGUACCGGUAGUUUCGGCCGAGUUCACCUCGUUCAGUCCAAGCACAAUCAGCGUUUCUACGCCAUCAAGGUCUUGAAAAAGGCCCAAGUCGUCAAGAUGAAGCAGGUUGAGCACACCAAUGACGAGCGCCGCAUGCUCAGCGACGUCAAGCAUCCCUUUCUCAUCACCCUCUGGGGUACUUUUCAGGACUGGAAAAGCCUGUACAUGGUCAUGGACUUUGUUGAAGGUGGCGAGCUCUUUUCAUUAUUGAGAAAGUCUGGGCGUUUUCCCAACCCUGUUGCCAAGUUUUAUGCUGCCGAGGCCACCCUGGCGCUCGAGUAUCUGCACUCGAAAAACAUUAUAUACAGAGACUUGAAGCCGGAAAAUUUGCUACUAGAUCGUCAUGGGCACCUCAAGAUUACCGACUUUGGGUUCGCCAAGCGUGUCCCGGACAAGACGUGGACACUGUGCGGCACUCCAGAUUAUCUGGCGCCCGAAGUCGUGUCCAACAAGGGCUACAACAAGUCUGUAGACUGGUGGUCACUUGGCAUCCUCAUCUACGAAAUGCUGUGCGGCUACACGCCGUUCUGGGAUAGCGGCUCGCCAAUGAGAAUAUAUGAGAACAUUCUCAAGGGCAAAGUCAAAUACCCUGCAUACGUAAACGCGGAUGCCCAAAAUCUGCUCGAACGACUCAUCACAGCAGAUCUGACAAAGAGACUUGGCAAUCUCUAUGGCGGACCUGCGGACGUGAAGAACCACGCAUGGUUCUCCGAAGUGACGUGGGAUCGAUUGGCCAGAAAAGAUAUCGAUGCGCCAUAUACACCACCAGUCAAGGCUGGUACCGGCGACGCGAGCCAGUUUGAUAGAUAUGCAGAGGAUCCAGAUGGCUACGGCCAUGCUGGCGGACCUGAUGAGUACGGCCACCUGUUCACCGAGUUCUAG